AUGCAUUCGAUAGUGUAUGUGGUGGUCUCCGUUCUGGCUGUUCUGGGCCGCGUAGACGGGCAGCCCCUGGGGUCCCGGAAGGCGAAGCCGGGUGCCGGAAGCGCGCCGGGACCUUCCGUGCUGCCUUCCAGCUUGCCACACAUCAUCAUGCAGAGUCCAACGAAGAACCCACGUAAACAACGAAAACACUCCAUGGCUUCCGGAGACGCUGGCGCAAAAACAGCAACAGUAGCAGAGGAAGCCGCAAAGGCGGUCGGCGUCAGAGGGGACACUCCUGGGGACCAGGCCUCGGCACGAGGUCCAGAUGAGAAGGAAAAGCGCGAGACUGCGGCACGGACGAAGCAAAACAAAAGCACAGCAACUGCGAACAAACCAGGGGAAACCAAGGACCCCUCCACUCCAUUAGCCGGGGCAGAGGGCAGGAAGCCUGAAUUCUCGAACGGACAAGAAAAUGUGGUUGACGAAAGCGACACACGAGGGUGGCGCGAUGGUUCACGCUCGCUGAUUGGCACGGAGAAUCCUGGGAAGGCGAAAACCAGGCGCCUGACUCGGCCGGCGUGCAGGCGACUGCGGUAUGCUAUUGGUCUCGCUAUAGGGACUGUUCUUGCCUUGUUGUCAUUCUACGGUUAUCGGCGCUAUCGUGAUGCUGAGAUACGUGCGGAGAGAAACAGGAAUGCUUCAGCGUAUUUCUAUCUUACUGGGCGAAGGAAUGCCGCUGUCAGUCUGGCUCAGCAGCUCCGACAUGAGAUGGACAGGGUUUCAGAAGCAAUCAGGUUCCACGAACACGAACAGGAAAGAUAUGAAAGGGCAAGAUUCGACGAGGACGCGAAGGCAGCGAUGGAGACGACGGCAGCCUUGGAGGAUGUACUUGAGUAUUUUACUGAAAAACGGAAGGAAGUGGAAACACUUUCCGUCCGGUUAGCUGCCGCAGCAGAUAUGGUGGGUGCAGAUAUCACCAGGCAAGACAUGAGGAGACUCACGCCGGAGCAACAGCUUCAGAUUGUGCGGCAAGGACGUUUCGAUGAAGCUCGAUCACUGUUGGAAUCGACCUCACGUGAAGCUAACCUUCUGAGAGAACUAUAUGUGCCUGGUAUAGUGGAAGCGGAAGAGGAGGUGGAGAGAGCAGAACCUGGCUCCGAGGAGCUAUUCAGACGACGGCGAGACCUCAGAGAAAAGAAGGAAACCCGGCUUGGCAGUGCAGUCGAUCACCACUUGGCUCGUGUAGUCCGAGAGAUACCAUUCAGCGUCGGCAUUCCUGAAGAACAGGCUGCUCAGCUACGUGCACCUCCCGGUAUAGAGCCGGUACCCGAGCAUGUUCUGGUAGCCAUGCAGGCAAUUGAAAGGGCACAGCGUACGUAGGAACAGAGGCGAAACACAGCCGCUCUCGCGUGCAUUCCUAAAGCUCUUCGGCAGCGUUUGGGACCCAUGGGAAGAGUUUCACAGAGGAAUUGUCAUUUUUCUUCGAUGCCACUCGCAGGUGGUCUACACGUGGUUUUCGUUGCUAACAGCCACGCGUCACAUGCGGGGAACGAAUAGGAGUUGUAUGAACGGAAACUGGGGAACGACAUGCCACGAAACAGAUUUGAGCUGCUAUGGUCGUGGGCAUUUGGAAGUAUUUUUAUCUCCGGCAGCAGCUGCAGAUCUCCUGACAGGCAGGCCACAAGCGUUGUGUACCCGUGGCCGCCUAAUGUGGUACAAAGUCAACACGUGUCUGCCGGCACAUUUCUCGCAAUUGAACAGCGACAUCUGCAGAGCAGUUGCGUUGUGAUGCGUUCAACCGCCGCACUCAGAAAAAAAAGAUCGAGCAUUUCCAAGUGGUGUGUCAAGUGGUGUGUGCGUUAUGUUCCCACCGUAGUGGGAGUUGUGCCUCGUGGACGGGAUUCAGCCGAGUCAUUCGAAGGCAAAAAAUCUCGCCAUUGUGUGCACGGUGGAUGCGCUGUGCGACAUGAACCCAACUGGCAACAUGAACAGGUGGAAAGUGAUGAGUGAGUUC